AUGUUUACUUAAUUGACUUAAAAAGUAUACUUUUUUAAUCGCUUAUGUCGCAUAUAUGCCGCUUGUUUAUAAUGUUAUGCAGAUUGUCGCUUGUGCUGUGUUAGUUUAUACAAAAUAAGAGCACGGUUAUUUACAUACACUUGCGCAUAUUUAUGUCGACUCUUUGUAUAUUAGACAUUUGUGUUGCUUUAUAUGGCAUUUUAGGAUGGAUUCGCAUAAAACUCAAUGCACAUGUAGCGCUCAUCGCUCGACACCAAGCGUUCAUCAAACCCUGGAUGAGAUGGACUUUGAAAGAGGUGCAUCACAUGCACACUAUUUCUGUACAGGGUGAAUAUAUAAUUGCAGGUAUUUGGUCAGCUGCGAUGGAUGGAGAUCUUGAGAGAGUCAAGUCGUUUCUUAAAAAAGGGAUUGAUCCAAAUAUAAGGGACCAGGCAAACUACACCGCUUUGCACUAUGCCGGUCGAGCAGGUCACCUGUCAGUGUGCGAGUUACUUCUGGAUUACGGAGCUUGUUUUAACAUCCAGACUCGUGGCGGAGCGACCCCUCUUCAUAGGUCAGCCUACUGUGGUCAUCUCAAAGUGGUGAAUCUACUGUUAGACCGUGGUGCUGAUCCACACCUGACUGAUGAUGAUGGAGCCACACCACUUCAUAAGGCUGCUGAGCAGAAGCAUCUUGAGGUUUGCGAGCUGUUGGUGAAGCUUUUUCCAACCUUACGAGGUGUGAAGGAUAAGAGAUCACGGUUACCUUUUGAUCUCUGUCUGGAGCACGACACGUUUUGGGAGUUUCUGAGACCACCGCAAUGACUUCUUGUGCCUGUCGGUUCCUCAUAAAGGAAUCAAGAACCUUAUCAAGGUUGUGCCUUUGGAGACAUCUCUUAUGGUUGGAAGGAGGUCUUUAAUGAUCACCUAGAGAAACUACCAGAUCCUCUGCCACCAGAUCAGCAAAAGGGCUUGGAAGAGAUGGCACAUUUAGAAAGAUGGCUAACGCUUUCAAAUGUCUUUUAUAUGGAGUCAGUGACUGGAAGAACAAGGUUUGGCUGGUUAGCAUACAGUAGAUAGUUACCUCAUAACAGGUAAAGGAUGGUACUAAACAAUUUUAUAGACAAAAACAUAUUUUCUAUGGAUGCCAAGUAGCCGUGUAUUCUGAUAAAAUUGAAUAAAGGAGGUGCAAUUGAAUGUGUGAUUUUUUUUCAUGUAUUUUGACCCAAGAUAGUCAUCAAAGGCAUCAGGUCUGUCCCAAAUUGCGCACUUUCAGUCUUGUGGCCUUAAAUUGCACGUGUCCGUAGGGUGUCCCAUCUGUCAUUUUUAUGUCCGAAAUGUGCUCAUCAGCGCCUCCUUUGCACCCUUGAUGCGCUCUUCUGCAAAGCCUGGAGGCUCCACGCACUUUACCAACCCAAAAGUCCUUGCGAAAGACCAAUCAGACGACAGUCUUUUCCUAUUUCCGGCAUGAUGCUCAAGUCUGUCCAAAAAUACGACUCCAGUGCGCCCUUGUGUACUCGCGUCAAGGGUCCCUAAGGUCUGCACUACAUGAUGUCAUCAAAAUGUGGACUCUGAGGAAGUCCAUAAGUCUGGAGUGUGCCAUUUGGGACAGAGCUUCAGACUGUGCGUGUUUGUGAUGUCAUCAGCCAAUCAGCACUCACAUGCCGCUUAAGAUUGAUUGGUCACAUGCUAUUUAUGGCUCAGCUGAUUGGCUAAAAAAACAUUUGACUCAAAGCAUGCAGGUCACAUAGCCCUGUAUAUGCACCAGCUGAGCAACAGCCAUUGUAACAAAUAAACAAGUUAUACAUUUUUAAAAAAAUUCACAUAAUUUACUCAUCCUCCUGUCGUCCCAGAUAUUUUAUUUAAUUGACUGGCACUGACGCGGGACACCUGAUUUACUUUAAUAUUUUGCAUGUUAAUGUUUAUCUAUCACAACAAACUAUGUAUCAUUGUAAAGGUCUAAGCCUUUAGAAUAGACAUUUUAACAGUGUUUUAUAAAAUAAAUUAUGUAGGGAGAGUAAUUGAUUCAUUUAUGAAGAGAGUGUGUCUCAAAA